UAUUAAUUUUCAAGACAUCGGUUCCUUUUAAUAAACACCAUUCUACUAAAAUAUACCUAAAAUAUGGACACCGGUCCGAAGCAGAGGAGAAAAAUAAACCCUAGAUAUAAAGCGAAUCUAUUUUCAGUGCUAACUUUCGGAUGGACUCUAGAAACAUUCAAACUUGGAUACAGUCGAGAUAUCCGAGAUAAUGAUUUAUAUGCGCCUUUACCUGAGCAUCAAUCGGAUAUUUUAGGUGAUGCGAUGCAAAAGGCCUGGGAUCGUGAACUUGAGAACUUUCGCGAAGGUGGUGAAAACAUCAAACCUAGUCUAUGGAGAGUGCUGACGAAGGUGUUCGGCGCGGAACUUAUGCUGUAUGGAUUGAUAUUGGCAGCUAUGGAAUUUUUAAUUAGAUUACAACAGCCGCUGUUUCUGGGCCUAUUACUGCGUUAUUACAGUCCAGCUCAAGAUUUAUACAAUAGCACAGUGGAUUCAACAUAUUUCUCCCGGUUGUUCUCGUACUAUGACAAGGAGAGCGGCGUGCUGUGGGGUGAGGCGGUGUUCUUUGCCUUCGGUGUGGUCUUUUGUAGCACCGCUAAUGUCAUGGUCGCCCAUCCUUUCAUGAUGGGUGUCACACAUCUCGGCAUGAAAAUGAGAGUCGGUGUGUGUAGUCUUAUUUAUAGAAAGUCUUUAAAAGUGAGUCUGCAAUCAAUGUCAGAGAACAGCGCGGGUCUUGUUGUCAACCUCAUGGCGAACGACGUCAACAGAUUUGACACCGGUCCCUCUUUUAUUCAUUAUCUUUGGAUAGGUCCAGUUGAAACAAUGCUAAUGACAGUGUACCUGUAUAGAGAAAUGGGAAUAUCAGCGGUAUAUGGGGCUCUCAUUGUAAUUGCAGUCGUGCCUUUUCAAAUAUGUCUCGGAGUUGCAACUGCAUAUUACAGAAACGAGACAGCUUUCAAAUCUGACGAAAGAGUUAAAUUAAUGAAAGAAAUUGUAAUGGGAAUCGAAGUGAUAAAAAUGUACACGUGGGAAAUGCCUUUUAGAAAGAUAAUAGACACCGUUAGACGCCAAGAAAUCCGCUGCAUCAAAAUGACGUCAUACAUUCGCGGUCUGAUAAUGUCCUUCAUCAUGUUCACCGCGCGGUUCAGCAUCUUCGUCACGGUGCUUCUUUACGUCACAUAUGUGAACCGCAUCACUGUUGAGAACGUGUUCUUCCUCACCUGCUACUACAACAUUAUGAGACAAACAAUGACAUUAUUCUUCCCUCAAGCUGUCGGACAAAUAGCUGAAAUGCAUGUUGCAAUACAGAGGAUUAGAGAUUUCUUAUUGAGCGAGGAGUGUGACCUUCCACCUCGCGAACAACUAGUCGCCGACACAACCACACAAGAUAAGAAACCCAAGAAAAGAGUUACCAUUUCAAUUGAUCCAGUAGAAAUAAAAAGAAGAUAUUCACCUGUGAGACAUCUACCGGAACCUAGUACUUCUAAAGGAGUUCCAAAAGAUAAAAGCGAACAUUCGAUAAAGGAAGAAAUUAUAAUUAAAUUUGAAAACGCGUUUAGCCGUUGGAUUAAAUCAUCUAAUGAAGAAGAUGUUGAAGAUAUUUCUUUUAAUAUCAUGUCGGGAUCACUGACAACUAUAAUAGGCGCGGUUGGUUCCGGCAAGUCAACGCUAUUACACAUGAUGCUGAGCGAACUGCCAACCUCGCGAGGCAGUGUUCAUGUCAAUGGCACCCUCAGUUACGCCUGCCAGGAUCCCUGGCUCUUUGUAGGUUCUGUACGUCAAAACAUUCUAUUCGGUCAGCCGUUCCAAAAAUCCCGAUACAUGGAGGUUUGUAAAGUGUGCGCGUUAGAGAGGGACAUAUCACUCUUUCCUCACGGUGACAAAACUGUGGUCGGAGAACGAGGAGUGUCACUAAGUGGUGGACAAAGAGCUAGGAUAAAUUUAGCUAGAGCUGUUUACAAAGAGGCUGAUAUAUAUCUGUUAGACGAUCCAUUAUCUGCAGUGGAUACACAAGUUGCGAGGCAUAUUUUUGAAAAAUGCAUUAAAAGGUAUCUGGCAAGUAAAACGGUCGUACUGGUCACGCAUCAAAUACAAUUCAUAAAAUCUGUCGAUCAAAUUAUAAUAAUGGAUAAAGGCAAGAUACUCGCGGAAGGUGGUUUUGAAGAUUUGAACGAACAGGAACUGGCCAUAAUUCAGCUAAUGCAAGAUAAGACGCGCGAGGUGCGGGAGGACGAUUCUGUGCCGAACCUAACCAGCCAGUCCAUGCUGCAGGCGAGCGCGGUCAGCUUGUCGAGACGAAACUGGUCCAUCAUCCUGGAUACUAGCGUUGCUGAUCAAAAGCCAGAAGCGGAGGCACAAGCUAUAGGACGCGUCCGCAGUUCGGUUUAUCAAGAAUACUUUUUAGCCGGCACUACUUACUUUUAUGUUUUCAUCGCUGGCAUAUUGUUUCUUUUAGCGCAGUUUUUUGCAAGUGCUAGUGACUUCUGGAUUAGUAAAUGGAGUCAAAUCGAAGACCAUCUAACGGGGGACUCGUCUAUCGAUCAGUUGUUAUGGUCUCAAGGCGGCUUGUACCGUAGACACUACGUCAUCAUCUUUGGCAUUCUCACCAUAGCUACCGUGGCUGUAGCCCUCUGUCGAGCCUUCAUGUUCUUCUCGCUUUGCAUGAAGUCUUCUAUAAAGUUACACGACCAAAUGUUUGACUGUGUGUCACAAUCUCCAAUGAGCUUCUUCCACUCAAAUCCAUCGGGUAGAAUUUUGAAUCGUUUCAGCAAAGACAUGGGGUCCAUAGACGAACUACUACCACAAGCUAUGCUCGAUUGUUUUCAAAUAAUACUGAACCUGGCCGGUGUAAUAGUAGUUAUUUUGAUGACUGAUAUAACAAUGUUAAUACCUAUUACGACGUCAUUGAUUAUUUUCUAUAUAUUUCGUAUCAUAUACGUUCGUACGACCAGCGCUAUAAAACGUCUAGAAGGAAUCACCCGUAGUCCCGUGUUCGGACACGUGAACGCGACCGUGUUGGGCCUGGCGACGAUACGUUCGUUCGGCGCGGAGGGUCUGUUGACGCAGGAGUUCGACCAUCACCAAGACUUGCACAGCGCCGCUUGGUACCUCUUCAUCACCUGCAGCCGCGCCUUCGGAUACUUUCUCGACAUCAUCUGUCUCUUGUUCAUCGUCUGUGUCACGUUUAGCUGCUUGAUGAAAACUGAUAACGAAGGUAGCAACGUUGGUCUUGUGAUAACUCAGUCUAUAUCACUGACGGGCGUGUUCCAGUGGGGAAUGCGCCAGUCCGCAGAGAUGGAGAACCAAAUGACGAGCGUCGAAAGAGUUCUCGAAUACACGAAGCUUCCGCAAGAGGCCGCUUUGAGAAGUGAUCCAGAAAAAGCGCCGCCCGCGGACUGGCCUCCAGAGGGAGCGAUAACCUUUGACAAUUUAAGUUUAAAAUAUACUCCCGAUGGUAAUUACGUACUUCAUAAACUGCAAUUCAACGUACAACCUCAGGAAAAGAUAGGCAUAGUUGGUAGAACUGGAGCAGGCAAAUCUUCCAUUAUUCAAGCGCUGUUCAGACUGGCGUAUUUAGACGGCACUAUUAUAAUAGAUGGUGUAGACAUAUCCACAAUCGGUCUACACGAUUUAAGAGAAAAAAUAUCUAUUAUACCACAGGAACCAGUAUUAUUUAGCGGAACUAUGAGGAAAAAUCUAGAUCCUUUCGACGAGUUCUCAGAUGAGACCCUGUUAAAAGCUCUCAAUAAUGUUGAGCUUCUUAAAGCUGAAGAAGGCGUUGAGGCACUAUAUAAGGAAGUGUCAGAGAGCGGAUGCAACUUCAGCGUGGGAGAGCGGCAGCUGGUGUGCCUGGCGCGGGCCAUCGUGCGCGACGAGCGCGUGCUGCUGCUGGACGAGGCCACCGCCAACGUGGACGCGCAGACAGACGCCCUCAUACAGACCGCCAUCCGCCUGCACUUCCAGCGCUGCACCGUGCUCACCAUCGCGCACAGGCUCAACACCGUCAUUGACUCUGAUAAAAUAUUAGUAUUAGACGCCGGUCGCCUCAUGGAAUACGAGCACCCGCACGUGCUGCUACAGAACAAGAAGGGAUACUUCCGCAAAAUGGUCGCAGAGACCGGACCCGCCAUGGCGGCCAUGUUGCAUAAACUGGCUAAAGAGAGUUACUUGAAUAUAUCGAGAGAGGAAUGAAGAGAAAAUGCUUUUUAUAACAAAUACUUUAAUAUCUUAUACCUAACAUUAUGA